AUGACGCGGGGGGACCCCAGUGUUGCAGGGGGACCCCGACUUUGGAGGACCCCGAAGCCGGUGGUGACACUGUGGUACCGCGCCCCCGAGAUCCUGCUGGGCUGCAAAUAUUACAGCACAGCUGUGGACAUCUGGAGCCUGGGCUGCAUCUUCGCCGAGAUGAUCACGCGCCGGGCGCUGUUCCCCGGUGACUCCGAGAUCGACCAGCUGUUCCGCAUUUUCCGCACUCUGGGCACUCCGGACGAGGCCGCCUGGCCGGGGGUCUCGGCCCUGCCCGACUACAAGGCCACCUUCCCCCGCUGGGCCCGCCAGGACCUGGCCAAGGUCCUGCCGCCGCUGGACGACGAGGGACGCAAGCUGCUGGCGGUGAGGGGACGCAGGGGACCCCUAUCCUGAUUCUUCCCUCUUUUUUCCUGACUUUUCCCACUUUUUUCCUGACUUUUCCCA